AUGGCCAAGCACAUUGGUCUUGAUCUCAUUGGAUUGAGUGUGUAUGAAGAUGACAAGUACGUUGUCCCACUGUGCAAACUCAGUGGCCCGAAUGGCUCUUGUGUCAAGUCUCUUCAUAUGGCCAAUGUCUGGUUAAAGCUGCCUCCUAGUUUCUCUGGUAUCACAAACUUGAAGAAACUCAGCUUACAUAUGGUGUCCAUUGAUGCAGACGAUCUCCAAUGUUUGUUGCUAAGUUGUGCUCUUCUCAAGAGUUUAAGACUGGAGGACUGCCCCUUGUCAAGUUUUAGUAUAUGUCAGGAGCUCUGCCUGUUGCAGCACCUGAGUGUGCGCGAGUGUCCGGUGGGAACGAUACAGUUGCGUGCUCCGAACCUUACCACAUUUCAGUUCGAUGACUGCCCGACGCAAAUUGUCCUCAUUGAAUCUUCGAAGUUGUUAGAAGCAACCUUUGUGUUCAAGAACAUUAGAUACAACUGGUGUGAGGAUGCUUUAGAUUACGAGCAAAAGUUCAGUAAAACCCACACCGCCUUCCUCCAUCUGAGGUAUCUGAACCUUAACAUUGAUAUCAUAGACACUCCAGAGGAUACUGGCUGGGUCACAAGGUUUGUCAACCUCUUGGAAUUAGCUCCUCUCUUAGAAGAAUUGGAACUACAUAUAUCAUCUUAUAAAUCUGAUGAAGUUCCUGCCAGGGCCGUCAUCUCAAAAGUGUACACGAGUGUCUACAUGUCUGAGCUGGUGCUCUACAUCCUUAGGAAUGAUAUCCUACUUCCACGUAUGGUAGUAGAUCCCAUGGCAGGGAUGAAGGAUGAUUCGUUUACGAAACGUUUCUAUUCGGUGUUCGAGAAGUGCAGCGCUGGACGCAGUGGCAUCUGCACGCACGGCAUCUACGGCGCCAGCGACUUCGCGAUUCGAAUCAGGGAAGCACGCUAG